AUGUCGACAGAAACAGCAGCGCCAGCACGCAUGGUAGAUGCUGCGGGUAUGCCGCCUUUGUAUAUCGAGGUGGGCGAGUUGGAUCUCUUCCGAAGCGAGUCGAUUGGGCUUGCCACCAAGUUCUACAAGUCGGGUAUCAGUGCAGAGCUCCAUGUGUAUCCAGGAUGUCUCCAUGGAUUUGACAUCUUUCCCCUCGAGAGAAACUGGCGUCUGCAUGAGGGCGUUUGA